CGCAUGCGCACCAUGUAAACGUUCUUUCUUGGACUCCCCUUACCAUGUGUUGUGGGGGCUUAUGAGAAGUCUAAAUUGUUGAAUCGUACUGUGCGGUUUUCCUCAUCAUGGGAGGGCAGGGUAAGAGUAAAAAGAAAACCAAAUCUAGGAGGAAAGACAACCGCCCAAACAACGAUGCCGGCCUAGUGGGCUUGACACCUCAGGAGAGAAUGCAAGUGCGAAUGCACGAAAAGGCGAAGAAGAAAACAGCUGCCAAGUACUCUGUUGAGCAACUACUAGAAAAGACUGAAGAAUGCAUGGACAGUUUUGACUUUGAGAUGGCUGGACUCUACUGUCAACGUGCCGUGGACGUGGAGUCCACCAACCUGCAAGCUCUUGACAUGCUAGGACACAUCUCCUCUGAGCUUGGCGACACAAAGAAAGCUAAAGAAGUUUUUCUGCGUGCUGUGGAGCUGAGCCCGGAUGUUGGCCACAGUAAGUACAUGUACCUGGGACAGCUCCACGCAGGCCAGGAAGCUGUUGACUACUACACCAAAGGAAUACAAGUCAUGUUGUCUGCGUUGGACAAACAAGCACAGACCACUGCCCAGGCCAGAGGUGCAACACCUGUAGAUGAGGAUCCUGAACUCCCAACGGUGAAGGAUGUUAGCAUGGCCUACUGUUCCAUUGCUGAGCUUUACCUAACAGAUCUCUGCAUGGAGGAGGGAGCUGCUAACAAGUGCAGUGAGUUCAUCGAGAGAGCAUUGCAAUAUGACCCCGGCAACCCAGAAGCCCUCCAGCUCAAGGCCAGCUACUUGUUCAGUACAGAGAAAAAUCAGGAAGGCAAAGAGUACUUGUUGAAGAGUGUCAGGCUGUGGCUGCCUGCCCAGAAACAGACUGAAGCGUCCUCCAGCCUAGAAGAUGAGGUGCAGAACCAGAUCCCACUGUAUGAGUCCCGCAUCACCACCUCCAAGCUUCUCAUCGAGGGCGAGGAGUACGAGUUGGCAGUGGAAGUACUUGAAGGGCUUCUGGAAGAGGACGAUGAGGUUGUUCAGGUGUGGUAUCUCUCCGGUUGGGUUUGCUACCUGCAGUUAGAGAGAGCCAAAGAGCAGCAGGAAAGCGAGGGGGGAACACUCACAGAGGUGGAGCAAGAGGAGCGGUCAGCGCUCAAGGAGGCGGCCCGAUUGCAUUUGACAAAUGCUAAGAAGCUGCACAGCAAGCUACGCUGUGAUGACCAACCGAUGUUGGAGCAUGUGGAGCAGCUGCUGGGCGAGCUCGGAGGAGAAUUGGAGGGCGAGGAUUCUGAAGUGGGGGUUGAUGACGACUAUGAACCUGUUAGUGAUGAGGAGGAGACAAAAGAGGAUACACCUAUGGAACACUGACAAGAGCCCUUGUUUUGUAUCUCUCUAUAAUGUCACAUUUGUCUUUUCAAUUCAAUAAGUGCCUUUCCAUUGGUCAAACAUCACACUUGUUGAUCGGAGAACCGAAUUCAAAUACCGGUAGAUUAAAAUCUGUGGCUGACUCAGUCAAUUUAGCAGUA